UAAUAAUUAAUUUAUCGCUCGAAAGUCCAAAACAACAGCGUCAGAUCAGACUCAGAACACAACUUGAUAAGAACGAACGAACGAAGAACAACGAAACCGUUUUCUUCUUCGCGGCACUUUCACUCUUUCUAAAGCCUCUCACACAAUUCACGUUCCUGUGCGUUGUCGUUUACUCCUCCCUCGUCUACAUUGCGAGUUCUUUUCUCCUUUUUAGUAAACGACAACACCUGCACAAAAAUACUUCCCGUCGUUUUUGUUUUUUUUUUCUUCCUUCGAAUCGCUUAUAUUUCACGAAAAUACAUCACACAUCUCUCUCUCUCUCUCCAUGGGAAACGCUAACGGAAGAGAAGACGGUUCCAUUUCCGACGCCGGCGAUCCUGCCGUUCGUGCACCUCACGCGUCUGAUUCUCGUCCUCCUGUCCGUGCUUUCUCCUCCGAUUCAAUGGCUAAUAGUCCUCCGCAGAGUCCUCGUCGUUCCAGAUCGCCGAUCCUCUUCGGUCCUCAGGUUCCUCUAGCUCCAUUACAAAGAGGUAACGGCCCUCCUUUUCUCAAUCAAAUGUGGCAGAAUGAACCUCACGGUAUUGUUAAUCAAUCUCCUGAGCAUGGAAUCCCUGUUAUGAUCACUUGGAAUUAUGGAGGUAACAAUGUGGCUGUGGAGGGAUCUUGGGAUAACUGGACAUCUAGGAAGGCAUUGCAGCGAGGUGGCAAGGAUCACUCAAUUCUUUUAGUCCUUCCAUCAGGUAUAUAUCAUUACAGGUUCAUUGUUGAUGGUGAACAGAGAUAUAUUCCAGAUCUUCCUUAUGUAGCUGAUGAGAUGGGGAAUGUCUGCAAUCUUCUUGAUGUUAAUGAUUAUGUACCAGAAAAUCCUGAAAGUGUCUCUGAGUUUGAGGCGCCAGCCUCUCCAGAGUCUAGUUAUGGUCAAGCAUAUCCAGCUGAGGAAGACUUCGCGAAAGAGCCAAUGGCUGUUCCUUCCCAGCUGCAUCUUACGGUCCUAGGCAUGGAGAACGUCGAUUCUGGUCCCUCUUCAAAGCCUCAGCAUGUUGUGCUAAAUCAUGUCUUCAUAGAGAAAAACAUGGCCUCCAAGUCUGUUGUUGCCCUGGGGCUGACUCACAGGUUCCAGUCUAAAUAUGUGACAGUUGUCCUUUACAAACCACUCAAGAGGUAAAUAUGUGACAGUUGUCCAGGUUGUCUUAUUUUGUUUUAUUUGUAGCCUCAGUCUGUAAAGAAAUGUUCGAAUAAUCCUCCCUUCCGUAGAUGGUAUAUGAAGGUCUUGUGUCUGUAGAUAUGCUUGAAAGAAACUGGUGUUUCUGUUUCGACUUGAUACAUCAAAACUUUCAGUUUUCUGGUAACAUUUUGGUUUUUUUUUCUCCUUCUAGAAUGAUUAAAAUAUCAAGUGGGUACCUAAAAUUUGAUGUUGUUAGUGCUGCUGAACGUGGUAACUUGAUGCCGGUGUCAAUUAUGUUUUUGGUCUGUAAUCCCAAGUUAAUUAACGUCUGCAAUUGGAGUAGCUAAAAUUUUUGGUACAUGUAAUCUUGGUCCAUAACUAACGGUGCUAUGGAUUCCACAAUAUAAACAGCUUGUUUGAUUAAGAUUUUA